AUGCGGAUGAACCCCAGUGCAGGGACUACUUUGCCCUGCUCUACAGUGCCCUGGAGAUCAGCUGUUAGAUUUGAGUCGUAUGAAAUGGCAUCUGCCCUGAUCAAGAGAGGAGCCUGUGUGGAGCAGGUCUGUCUGAAGCAGUCGACUGCCCUGCACCAGGCGGCAAAGGUAGGUUACUCUCAUAUCAUGGAGCUGUUGUUGGAACAUGGUGGCCAGGUCUCUGAGAUAGAUCAAGAUGGCGUGACUCCAAUGGCCAUUGCAGCACAGCACGCCCACUCAGAGGUUCUUGAGAUCCUCCUACAACUAGGUGGUAAUGUGAAUACACAGGCGCCCAAUGGGGACAGUGUGCUGUAUGAUGCUGCACAAUCUGGGAAUCCAGACUGUAUAGAUUUCCUUCUGCGACAUGGAGCCAACCCCAAUGUACCUAGCCUGUGCUCAGAGCUACCCAUUCAUCGAACAGCAUAUGAGGGCCAUUACCUGUCACUGAGAAUUUUUAUUCUGAUAAACACUAGAAGGGCAAUCAGACUUUCAGGCAAGAGUCCCGUUCACUCUGCAGCCGACGGAGUCCAUGUACAAUGCCUGGAGCUACUCGUGGAAAAGGGCUUUGAUGUCAACGCUCUCCAAGACUUUCACAUCUCUGAAGACUACAGAGACAUGAGAAAAAGUGCAUUGUACUUUACUGUCUCUAAUGGAGACGUGACCUGCACUGAAAUGCUGCUGAACACAGGAGACAAACCUGACCUGGCCGCUCUAUUCUGCCUCGUGGUGGCGGUGAGAGAUGGGCAGUACGAGAUUGUAAAGCUGCUUUUGGCCAGACAUGCAGACAUCAAUUGUUAUUUUUCCGUGGUGAGUGACAGUUUCCCACAGGCUCUGCAGUACUGCCUGCGGGACGGGAUGAUGAUGCGUCUGCUGCUGAACAACGGCUAUGACGCAGACAAAAGUUUCUGCUGUCCCCAUGACAGCACCUGGGAUGACUUGAAGGAGUAG